UGGUCAUUUUUUUUUUUUUGCUUAGGGACCGUUUAAUUAUUCGUUUCUACCAUCAACGAACGCAUCUCCACGAGAAGAUUAUUGACGGUUUGUAGUAUUUUCUGGCGGCUGUCAUUAUCCGCAAUAGAAGGAAGGCACGAGCUUGUCAAUUUUGUUGAAACCUUAAUCCUCUGCCGACGUAUGUCAAUCUCCGGGAACAUAACUUUCAACCUAAAUAUACGUAAACUAUUGAGUUUAGAAACUUGACGUUUGUGCGCAAUAGUGAACAUUUUAAAGUUGCCGUACGUGGCGGCAAGCAUCAGUGCGAGUCAGUUUGCGCUCGCUAGAACGCAUCCUUUUUUGGGAAGUAGGCUUGCGACAAUAUUGCUCCGAUUACUCAUGCCAGGCGGUAGAGGGUUAAAUCUGAGUUCCAGUAAUCGAUAUUUACUCUAUCAAUGCUCGUACUUAUCGUGGUUUACCCUGCAUGCAUAAAUUUAUCAGAGCACUGGUGAGAAGGGACUCGAAAUGUGGUCAAAAUUACGAAAGACGGGAGGAUCGCUGACUUGCCAGCCAGCAACGCGAUCAUCGCUGACUAGCUCGAGAGCGGCGCGGUCAUUGCUGAUCUUUCAACUUUCCCCGCCACGCUCUUCUUAAACCAUGCGCCAUCAUCGCUGACCUCGCUUCAUACGGCGCUCUCAAUACACCGUGCGCCAUCAUCGCUGAUUUACCUAUAUUCUUACGACGCUCUCAUUAGACAAUGAGUCAGUUCACGGUAGCAGAGGUGGAGGCCGGCGCGCUGCGGAGGGACGGCACAAGCACCAUACAAGAGGUUACCGUCAUCGACAACACUCUGCAUCUCGCGCUGCACCGCGGCAUGAACGAGCUACGUAAGAGCGGCGAGCUGUGCGAUGUCUCCCUCUGUGUUGAGGACUGCACCUUCCCCUGCCACCGAGUGGUGCUCGCCGCCUUCAGCCCCUACUUCAGGCAGCAAAAUAUUUAUUCAUCUAAUGAUGGAAUGGGAAUUGAAGUAUUUACCGANUUCCUGGAGCAUCAGCUGGAGCCGUCCAACGCCCUCGGCAUCCUGCAGCUCGCCGACACCCUCCAGUGCGAGGACCUCAGGGCGGCCGCUCACACCUUCGUCAACAGCGAGUUUGACCGCGUGCUGCGUGAGAGCGACGAGCUGCUGGACCAGAGUGUGGCGAGCCUCGUGUCUGUGCUGAGCAGCGCUGAGCUCACCGUCAACAGGGAGGAGGACGUCUUCGCUGCCGUCAUGCGCUGGAUGCACCACGACCACGCCAGGCGCGCCCCUCACCUACACAAGGUGCUGCAGUGGGUGCGCCUGUGCCAAGUGUCCCCCUAUUUCCUGGUGGACGUGGUGGAGGCUGAGCCUGCCGUCCGCUCGUCGGCGGAGUGCCGCGUGCUGGUGGAGGAGGCGCGACUCUACCACCUCCUGCCCGACCGUCGCCACCAACACCACAGCAAGUUCACGCAGCCCAGACCCCGACCCACCAGGACCACGGCCAUGGGCCUGGUUGCGGUGUGUGGGGAGGACCCCUCAGGCGUGUACCAGGACGUGCAUUUCUUCGACCCGAGCACCUUGGACUGGGUCAUCCUCACUGUCGUCCCGGAGCCCUUGCACGGUAUGAGCGCGUGCGUUAUGGGCGGUGGGCGGACGCUGUUCGUGUCGGGCAGCGGCGUGUCGCGGCGCUGGCGAGGUCCGACCAACUUCGUCUUCUACAAGUUUGAUUCAAUGCUCGAGCACUGGAUGCUGCUGCAGCCCGUCAAGACGCCCCGCUACAAGCCUGUGACGGUGUGUCUGAACGGCAACAUCUACUGCGUUGGCGGGCAAGGUGGCGUGGACAGAGACCCGCUGGACCUGCACGGGCGGGCGGUUGUCAACACCAACGAGUUCUACGACGUCGCGACCAACGUGUGGAGCUCAGCGUCACCCAUCCCUGUUGCCGUGCUGCACCCUGCCGCCGCUGCGCUCUUAGGUAUGGGGAUUUGCGGCCACAUGAACGCUGAUAUUUUGCUGAUAGUGUACAAUCCUCACCAGGACUCGUGGAGCUGCUGUGCGCGGAUGCUGGUGGCGCGAUGUGCCGCUGCCGCCGCUGUCUUGGAUGGAAAGCUUUACGUCACCGGCGGCUGUCACGGUUUCUUGUCGGUGACGAACAAGGCUGAGCGCUACGACCCCAAGACGGACACGUGGGAGGAGAUCGCCCCCAUGACCACGGCACGUCAGCACCACGGCAUGGCGUCACUGCACGGCGCGCUGUACGUGGUGGCAGGCGUGGGCGGCGGUGGGGAGCAGCUGGCCAGCACUGAGAUGUACGACCCCAGCACCAACAGCUGGCACCCCGCGCCCGCCCUACCCUGGCCCCGCGCCCAUCUCGCCCUCGACGCCAUCACCGUUAAUGUGCACCACCCGCACGCUAAAAUUUUUGGCUAG